AUGACUACUCCCCCCUCCGUCCUCGAGCCGGACUGGAGCAUGGUCUGGGAAUCCCAUAUCCCGCUCACAUCUACAAGUGCGGAUUUACAUAUGAGUGACUGGUCCGCAUGGAGUGCCAGCCAUGUCAGCAGCAGCAGCAACAGCCCCGAAGCCUUGCAAGCUCCCCUCUCCCUCCCAUUACCACCACUGCAGCCACCCCUGCAACCACAGCAGCAGCAGCAGCAGCCUUGCCAGCACCCCACCACAACCGUCGCCGCCCCUCCAUCGAAGCGUCGAAAAAGCAUCGGUGGCAUGUCCGUGCGGCUGCCUAUCCGGAAAUCUAUAUUGCGGAACCCGAACUCUUCGCCGGCGCCCAGAAGAACCCCGAAAACUAAAGCAAUCUCCUCACACAUCCCCUUCGAGAUAUGGCUGGAGAUCUUCUCGUAUUGUUCUCCGGCGCAGCUGGCGAAGCUCCGUCGGGUCAAUUCCAGCUUCAAAGGAUUCAUAGACGAUGAAAAGAUUUGGGCAAAGAGUCGGCGAAAUACAUUCCCGAACUAUCCGGACCCUAUCUAUGGCUACCCAGAGAACUACAUGUGGAAUCUGUUAAAAGGCAGUGGAUGCGUGAUUUGCGGGGCGCCUAGGUUUAAAAAAUGCUACUGGACUUGGGGUAUUAGGCUGUGCACUGCGUGUUUUAAGGAUAAUAGGAUCAGGGGUGAUGAGAUUUCUGGAGAGCGCGAUUUUGUCAAUGCUGCGCAAGUGUGUCUAAGGCAUUGUUUCGUGUCGGGGAAAUUCGUUUCGACUCAGCGCGGGAACUACUAUGGUCUCGGCGGGGGAGACCCGUGCUACUGGAAAGACGAAGUGACCGCAUUUAAGAUUGCCUAUGAUGAGAAGAAGAGCCAGGAAGCCGAAUUCCCGGGCAUCCUCGCUACUUUUAUCGAGUUUGAAAAGGACCAGGUUAAAGUUCAGAUGGACUUGGCGGUAAAGAUGUGCGACUUCGAGAGAAUUGAAGCUGUAAACCGCCGCGAGGAACUCGCUGAAAUCCGCCGUCAACGUCUUAUCUCAAUCCCGGAGAAAUGCAAAGAACACUUUGAGCCUCCAAUUCCCGAGGGCGUCCUUGAACUCAUCCCGUCUUACCAGGCUGCGCUCAAGGCUGGUAAUAUUCUCACCGACCGAGGCUGGAAAACGCUGGUUACAAAGAUCACAACCGAACGAACAAGAGCCGAGGCGCAGUACCAACAACGCCAACAAGAGAAAGAGCAGGCACAUCGCAAGUACACAAGCAUCAGGCGAAAAGUCCGUAAAGAGGAGGCAUUAGACUACAGAAACCUCCGGGAGCUCAAAUCUGCCAUGCCAAAGCUGUUGAAGUAUGCUAAAGAUUUUAUUAGAAGGGAAGGUGGAGUUCUUCUUCUUGAGUCCAGAAAGGUUCAAUCUUUCAUCAUGGAGACAUUCAAGUACUGCAGACGUACUUGGUAUGAGAAAAACCCCAAGAACCCCCUGCCAUUCAGGGCAGCAUACUUCAUCUGGGAAGAGGUAAUCGAGGAACUAUUUAACCGUGGUGGGUUCGAUGUGAAGUUUUGCUGCGAGUACUGUACGAUCCUAGGAACGUGGGAGGAGAUUAUUUUUCAUCUCGCAAUGGAUCACCAAAAGAAGCCAGGUAUGCAAGGGCUUGCGAGAUAUCCUGUGGAGUUUCAACCGGAAGAAAAAUACACCUACAAGAGACCUAUCCCGAACUGGGAUGGCGCUGAAUGGCCAGAAAAGAUUCCGAUCUGUGCCGGAGGACCAAAGUUUUUCCCUAAAUACCUGAAAGCUGCCCCUCCUAAGCCUGUGAUAUCAGCUAGCACCUCUACAACAGGCUCUCCGAAACCCAGGAAACCAAAAAAGCCCGGAACAAGGGAUGAUCCAAUUUGCAUGUUUGCGAGCAACAGUUGUACUAUAAAACCGCAAACUUCAACACGCAUGCUUAUCCUCCGCGCCAUCACGGAACUCAAUGACCUUCAUGUCCCCCCCUUCUUCCAACUAUCCAUAUUCUUCAAGAAGAUUGUGCUAGAGUUCAAACGCUACAAGUUCCGCGUGGAAUUCAAUGAACUCUACUACGAGUUGAUCCGGAUCUGUAGCAGGCCUGAAAAGACUCCUGCAUGCUUCUCCCACGAUUCAAUUAUGUGCCAUACAUGCUUAUGCUCCUGGGAGGGAGCCGAGAGCAGCAUAAUCACGCUCAUGCAGCACUUCUUCGAGAAGCACCACCAGGUCAAGGAUUGGCGAAAAGACAUGCUGCUCAUGCCCGGCCCUCCAGAUAUCCUUGAUAUGUUCCAAAAACUUAACGACCGCCAGAUGGAAUACCGUUGGGAUCAGAGAGCAACAGAACACCAGCUUGACACAAGCUCUGCAAGAGAGAAAAUGACCAUUGCAGAUCAAAACGGAGAUGUUUUGUGUCCGAUGGAACAGCUGAAGAACAUCAUCGUGCUGAAGCAAGGCACCAAUAUUUUUGAGGGCAUUGAACGGAAGAAUGGCGAGCUCCACAUCCGGGAUGAAAACAACAGCAUGGACAGGAAGAGGAAGCGGGAGGCCGGAGAGGCUUUUGACGAGGAUGUGCAAGGAGAAGGGAGUGAUAAGGGGAAGGAGAGUGAUGGAUCCGAAUUUUCUUUUGAGGAUUUUAUCGCGGAGAGUGAGGAUUGGGAGCUUGGCAGUUCUGCAGACUCGUUCGGUGAAUUUGAUGAUGACCUCUGCGGGAUUGACUCCGAAACCUGGGUUGAAGAUGAUGACCAGAUGGAGCUCAGCGAUAUGAUGUUCGCUUAA